AUGAUGAUCAUCUAUAAAGUAAGCCAAAAGGGAUCUAUUGUGGACCAACGAUUUAAAAAACGACUAGUUAGAGAAGAAGAGGAGUCUUCUGGGAGGAUUCCAACAACAACAACCGAAGCUUCAUCAUCCACUCUUCAGCGACACAACGAUGAAGAUUCUCCAACAUCCAAUAAGCCUUCUCAUCUAGCAGCGGCAUCGAUAUACAGCUCCUCUUCAUCAGAUGAAGAAGAGAAGGAAAAUCAAUCGUCCUCGACAGCCUCACGGUUUUCCUCCUUCAUCCAUUACGUUUUUGGUGGUGGUAGCAAAAAAACAGAUAAAACCACCCAACGUGAAACUGUUAUCACUGCUGCUAAUGCAGAAUGUAAUAUAUCGUCAUCGACGGAGAAUGGUCCAUACUGCAUGUAUGAUUACAUAGACUCAAAUGAUAACAACUUGCUGAGAUGUCCUGCUAAACUUCUUGAAGAUCCAAUGAAGUUGUUGGGAAGAACAGUUUUAGUUGUUGGUGGUUGUUGUGAAGGAGUAGGCUAUGAGAUUGCCUACGCUCUUGCUCAACUAGGAGCAAGAAAAGUCGUUCUCGCUUGUGCCAACGAAAAAGAAGCACAAGAGGCUAUUGAGAACAUGACUGAUAUUAGCAGAGGAGUGGUUGAAUACAUGAAUUUAGAUCUGUCAUCCAUUCAAAGCAUUCGACAAUUUGUGAAUUUUUAUCAAAAUGUUAUGAACUAUGAGUGUCACGUACUGGUAAACACUGUACUUUGCACAAGACAGUCAAGAACUGGUAAAAACACUCCUAAUCGUAGCAGCAGUGAAUUGGAUUUACAAACUCUGUCGAACCAAAUGGGACCAAGAUUUACUAAAGACGGUUUUGAAAGAAACUUCCAACUUAAUUAUCUUUCGAGGAUUUUACUGAUCGACAUGUUGUCAGAAAAUCUCAAACGCAAUCAUACAAGAGUGGUUAAUGUUGUAGAGCUGUCCAAUUCUCAUAUUCAACAAAAGAAGCUGAAAACGAUACCAGUCUCUGAUUUAAAUGCCAGCUCUUUCAAAAAAGCGUAUACCGAACAAGACUAUAUUUACUUUUCAAUGAGAUGUAAUUUGUUGUGGGUGAAAUCUUUUGCCAGCAAGUAUCAACAAGAUGGUGUGACAAUUUGUUGCUGUGAUCCUGAGUUACCUGAGACCUACAAACCUCCACUUCCUGAAAUUAUCAAUCAACCUACCUCCACUUCCUCUCUUCUUUCCUCAAAUACCUCCUCUUUUUUCAUUGACGAUCCCUCCCAAGCUAACUUAUCCAUUACCAACGACUAUGCAGAGGAAAUAACCAAUUUUGAUAAGAUUCAAAGUUUAUUGUUUGGAUCGCUUUGUGACAAACAAUAUUUUGACAAUGGAUCCUUUAUUACGAAUUACAGAUCUAAAGUCCUCUCUUCCUCCUUUUUCAAUAAGAAAGACUUGGAGUCAAACUGGGAGACUACAGCAAAUUUAAUUAUGAACAUUUUGACCCAACUUCACUCACCUCCUGCUUCUCCUUCUCCUGUUCCCAAUUCCAAAUAA